AUGUGGAAAGAUGUAGCUGAUGGUGGAAGAGAUGAAGUGAAAAAAUUAUGGCUUCAAGUUCAAGGAAACAAGGAAGCCUUCAUAGCCAAAGCCAAACGGGUGGUAGAAUCCACUCAAGAAAAUGAUUUGUGGGUCGAUGGUGCCUUCAUGACUGAGAAGAUGAUGACUGACGAGAACUUCGAUUUGCGUGAUCGCUAUGAGAAGCACCUCCAAGUGUACUGGGUGGAAUCCCAGAUGGCUGGUCGACGUUUGACCUUUGUUUGCAUCUUUGUCAACUUGUGUGAUAUAGCGAAGAGAAGGAAAACAACCUUCACCGAGGAGGAAGAGGUGGAGGAAGGAGCAGUAGAUGCAGAUCUGCAGGAUGUGCUUCCGAAUGAUUUUAUCCUUCCGGAAGACAACUCAGAUCCUGCAGAAGUGAUCGAAGCAGGUGGUGUUGAUUCGCAACAAAAGAUCAUGGACAAAACCGGCAAGGUGGAUGCUGCAAUCUUGGGCAUCAUUGACAAAAUCAAUCAGGUCAACACGGAUGGCAUUGUUGAUGGAUAUUCGCGUCAGCACCAAGACGAGUUGGAAACGCUGUACAAGGAGUCUCGCCAGCAGUGCGCUGCAGCACUGAACAUGGUCACGAGGCCACUUAUGAGCCACAUCAAAUCGAAGAUGAACAGGGAACGACGUGAGCGUGAAAAGGCUGAGACUGAGGUGACGAUGGAUUGCCAGCUGCUCUUGAGUUUGACGAUGCUUUUGUGGUUGGGAAAAGGUGAGAAGAAACACUGUUUCAUCAGCCAUGAGCCACUGAGUUUGGACGAGCUCGUCAAGCAGGUGUCUGACCCCAGCUGUGGAGCCAUUACGACCUUCUCAGGCACAACUCGAGACAACUUCGAGGGCAAAAAGGUGGUUCACUUGGAAUACGAGGCCUAUGAGCCGAUGGCGUUGAAGGAGAUGGACCGCAUCUUGCAAGACGUGCUGGAUGGCAAGUGCGGAGCCGGCAUCAGGCGUGUGGCCUGUGCGCAUCGUUUGGGCGUGGUUCCCUUGGCCGAAGCCUCCGUCUUGAUCGCAGUGGCCUCUGAGCACCGCCCGGAGGGCUUUGAUGCUUGUCGCUACAUCAUCGACACCUUGAAGGCGAGAGUCCCAAUUUGGAAGAAGGAGAUCUAUGCGGAUGGAGAAACCUGGAAGGCCAACAAAGAGUGGGAUCCUACACAUACUUGAUCGAUUCAGCAGUCAAAA